UGAGAUCACGUGCUGAAUCACAUGAGUCAGCACAAAGGGAGAGAAAACCCGGAGAAAGUCUGGCUUUCGUCGGCGCAUCGUUUGUCUGGAGUUCCGUACCGGAGAGAGAAGGAACUUACCUUUUUCUGUUAUUCCCCCAACUCCCCCCCGUCCUUCUCUAUUGAGACGGGGUCCGAGGACCUCUACCGGUGAGGUUUGAGCCAACUGCGGCUACCUCCUGUCUUCAAUGUCUCUCCUCUGCACCAGUGUUCUUCACUUAGUCAAACCUUCAGCCAACUCCACUGCUUUGUCAACUUCAAACUUCUCAAAGACACCUUGUGGUCCUUCUACCUUCAACUUUGUCCUUCAUCUCUAACCCCACCUACUGUUCAAUUCGUACCCCUCCCCAAUUUGUAUUCGUUGGCUGUAUCUAUCGUUCUUUCUCCUGCUUCCAAAGAGAGAGAGAGGGAAAUGGCGUUCCAAGUAACGCCCACCCCGACUGCAGCCACAGUAGCAGCUGCCGCUGCGAUAGUUCCCGCCAUUUCUUCCCAACCAGCCGAUCUUGCCGCCCUCUUCGAAUGCCCAGUCUGUUUCGACUACGUCCUACCACCCAUCUACCAGUGCGAGAGCGGUCACCUGAUCUGCAACACUUGCAAAGAGCGCGUCCAGUGUUGUCCUAGUUGUCGCGGCCGCCUCGGAACGGUACGGAACCUGGCCAUGGAGAAAGUCGCCGAAACGGUGAAGUUCCCGUGCAAGUACGCCAGUAACGGAUGCACAAUGCGACUGCUGCACACCGAAAAGAGGAUCCAUGAAACGAACUGUGAACGCCGCCCGUACGCAUGCCCUUGCCCGGGCACCUCUUGCAAGUGGGAAGGUCCACUUGACGACGUUCUUAACCACUUACUCACCGCUCACAAGACCAUUACAACACUUGGCGGAGAAGACAUUGUGUUCUUGGCGACAGACAUUCACCUGCCCGGGGCUGUCGACUGGGUGAUGAUGCAAUGCUGUUUCGACCACUACUUCAUGUUGGUUCUGGAAAAACAGGAGAGACACGAGGGACACCAGCAGUUCUUCGCCGUCGUUCAGUUGAUAGGGACGGAGAAAGAGGCCAACGCUUUCAGAUACAAGUUGGAGCUGGUGGGUCAUGGUAGAAAGCUAACAUGGGAAGCAAAGCCUCGAAGCAUCCACUGCAGUAUAUCAAGUGUCAUUUGCAGCAACGAUUGCCUAAUAUUCGAGACUGCAAUGGCUUCUCAUUUCGGAGACAAUGGAAACCUUGCUAUCAAUGUCACAAUCUACAAGACAUCGUAUUAUUGACACACCCCUCACAUCUGUAGUCAUAGUAACUUAUGCACCAUACAUCAUAUUACCAUGUGUACAGUUGCAAUAUGCCUUUGUUCAAUCAUAGUAAUUGUACUGUCUUUAUGUGUGUUGUAUAUAUCAUUCUGCUCUCUAUGUGGUGUGUCUAUAAUGAUGAUGUAGUUGAAGGU